AUGCCUGGUAAAACUCAAGCAUCGAGCGGCAUGCUCGAUGCCUACCUUUAUCAUACGAGAUCCUUCACCGACCGCCUAGCUCAGCAGGGUCGUGCCUUACGCUUCGCAGCAUCAUCAGAGAAUGACGCUGCCAUUCUUGAUAGGGCGGAGACAGAUAUGACUGCAAUGACAGACCCAGCGUUGCUGCAACGGGCCCGAGAAGAUCAGCAAGGCCUCAUGGAAGGGUCUCGAUCCUACAGUUAG